AUGGCUCCCCGCGAGAACGAACCCUCCGACCCCUCCGACCGUCACCCGACCGAUCAACCCGCGAAAGAGGGUGUCAGAGGCGUCGUUCGCCAUGAUGGCAAGUUCGAGUGCCACGAGGAGCGCCCCGGCGGAACCUGCUACUCGGUCAUGACCAACAAGGCCCACAUCAUCAUAUCUCACCUCUCGUCGGUGCACAAGGCCGUCGGCAAGUACCUGGAGAACGAGGCCAAGAAGACCCUUCCCAGCGGCGACCCCGAGGAAAGCUGGCCGUGCCACUCAAACCCCCGCUGGCCGCCCUGCGCGCUGUCAUGGCUGUAA